UCAAGUUGCAGCCACUACUCGAACAAUUAAAAUCGUGGAUAAAUUUUGUUUAAAAAUGUUCAAAGUUUCCCCCAUUUUCGCCUUAUUUUCCAUAGUUUCCGGAGUUCAGAUAGUUUUCGACAAAGCCUCCGACACGAAUCAACUGCUGCAAGUUACCUGUCCGUACCAAGAUGACUCAGAUUUUUGGGUGUACGGCAAUCCUCGACAACCCAGAAUCGACAUAUUUCCGGAAAAGGUUGGUUUCUGGACGUCCGCCGAGACCCCGUGCAGUCUAAUCUACUACGGAGGAUCGCUCCCAAAGCCUAAGAAAAUUAUUCUCUCGGUUUACAUGGCCUUGUCCGGAAGGCCGGCGAAGAUGUCAAUUUCCGGAAGUGAAACUCCAGGUGGGCCCUUGCAGGAUAUUUCACAUAUUGAUACGCCAGAGGGGUUGUGGACUGAGGAGGAGAUUUAUUUACCACAAUUGCCCGGAUCCGGUGUGGCAGUCCUAAACUUCACUCUUUUCGGUGACGGAGCCGCCUCCUUUGUUCUUGUGGACAAGAUCAUUAUCGACCUUGGUGACGGCCCGAUCGAGCCAAUUUCCAUCACGACGGACUAUCUCGCCCCGGAACACUGGCCGUUCAACGACUGUACUUAUGUGGACGAUUUCCGAACAUUGGGAUGUCCUGUUGAUCCACUAGAAGAAUCUGAACCCGGAUAUUGGUCGCCUUGUCAGGAAAAAGCGUGUCGAAUUGAGUAUGGAACGCAUCCCGCCGUCAUCCCGCUGUCCGUCAGGAUCACCGGCUAUGUGAAAAAUGAAGGUCAAAUCAUGGUCGGAAUUCCGGUUGGAAGUGGCGAAAAUACUUCAUUUAUCAUAAUAGACACCAAGUCUUCGAAUGAAGGAGCCUGGGUAGAUUAUGUGGUGAACUUAAGACGACAUCAGGAAUAUAAAUAUGGCAUUCUUUUGAUGCAUAAUGGUGGAACUGCGGUUCUUGACUGGGUAACAUUCCUGUUCCAAGAUGAGGAUACGACUGGUCAACCAACCACGCAACUACCGACGACCGUUCCACCAACCCAACCACCCACAACGACUGGAGGUGCGGGCAGGAUAAUGUCCUCCUUUUUCUCGACCCUAGUUAUGUUUGUGCUAAGGAAAGUUUAUUAAACUACGCUUCUAAAAACCUGAGAGAAAUAUGAUACAACAAUAGGUUUAAGGAAUGAUGUUGGUAUUAGGUAACACACAUAUUACAAACUUGGUAAUAAAUUUUAUAUUGAUAUCCAUUUAUGAA